ACAGUCAUGGUGUCAUGCCAUCAAGUCUGCUUCAUCGGAUCGGAGUACAACCCACAAUCUGGUAUCCCACCCCGUUGGUUCUUACCGUACCAAGAUCCGUGCGAAUGCACAGCUAUACGUCUCGGUGGGGUGGGUAUCCCUGCUUCGUCAUACCGCCAGGGGGCGCCCCGUUACCUGGACGAGCUUUUCCUGAGUGAGGAUUCCAACGAAAUUCAAGCUUACUUCGACUGCGAGCCUGCAGAGCACAAUACAGGUAAGAAGCAUGUUUGGACUGUGUAUAUGGUAUCGCAAUGUUCCAGUCCGCAACCCCUAGGUAUGGAGAACGGGACAAUCCAAGAUGAUCGUAUCACGGCGUCUAGUAGUCGGUACCGUUGCCCUUCCGGUGAUGCACGCCUCAACAAUGAAAACAGAUGGAAACCUUUAAACGAUACCAAUUCCUGGAUCGAGGUGGACCUCGUUGAGAGCACAGUGGUGACAGGUGUCAUCACACAAGGCUCCGGCCGCAAAUGGUAUGUGACUGCGUACAAGGUGGCGUAUAAGAAGCAACCGUCAUCCGACUUUGAACACGUAACAGAUGGAAACGGAAACAUCAAGGUGUUCAUCGGUAACACGGAUAAGCACACCCCGGUCACUAACCUGUUUGAUGAGAGUGUGGUGGCCACGGUAGUACGCAUUGAACUUACUGAAUGUAAGACUUCGUGUGCCCUGCGAUUGGAGCUGCUUGGAUGUCGCCGUGAUUAAUGAGCUGAAGCAUUCGGGUGAUUUCUGUUUGACAGCGCAGACAAAAGAUCAUUCAAUAACAAAAUUAACGCGACAUGUAGCUUCUAUUAAGAUUGAUCGUAAAUAAUAUACAUGUAUUUGGUAUUUUGCGGAUAGCAAGAACAAAAUAACGACUUGAACAAAUAGCUGCGAGCUCGUGCGUGAAUUCGCGUCUUUAAGUAAACGGUAUCUCGCGGGAAAAUGCAUUGAGGCAAUGUUUACAGCUUAUAUUAAAAUUAGUCAACCUAUUUUCGUCUCUUCCUCAAUCUUCGUUCGUAGAAUGCAAUUUCCAAAAGAAAUCU